CCAGGGAUGUGAUGAGCAGGAAGGGGAGAGAGUUCUCCCCCAGCCUCUUCAACUUUCCCCUUCAGGCAGUGGGGAGAACCGUCUGGCUACAGUGGUUAGAUUUAACUGGAGACUUGAGAAGAAUAGAGAAGGUUUGAGACGUCCGAGAGGAGGGAAUGUGCUAGAGAUUCAGGCACUGAGUCCCAGGUCUAUGAGCAAUAUCAAGGGCCCAAUGUGAGCCAUGGAGCAGGAAAGUGCAGCUCUACAGAAUGUUCUUGGGUCCCUAGAGGCCUCAUGCUGAAGGAUUCAGGCGACGGUCCAGUUCUGUGGAAGGGCCUCAUGUCUGGCAGUGACUUAGGGGGUGAGGGAGUCUGGGCUGUUUAGGCCAGCAUCUAAAGGGUUACCCCAGGCUUCACACUGGUGACAGGAUGAGAAGCGCCCAUGAGCUGCAGAAAAUAGGAGGCCCGCUGGAAAAGUGCCAUGAACAACUGAAUCUGGACAGUUUAGGAAGCAAUCCCAACAGCUUAUUAUUUCUAUGCUUUUGUGCAUGGAAGUGACAGAGAGCUUUGAAUGGGUAUCAGCUGAAACUUUAGGUCUCCCACUUACUAGCUAUGUGAUGCUUAGCAAGCUACUUAUGCUUUCUAAGCUUGUUUCCCCAUUUGUGCAAUGGAGAUAAUAGUGUCAUAAUAGCAGGAAUAGUCCUCAAUUGAAGGAAGAUUGAAUGAACAUACCUAGGCUUCCAGGAAAAAUAAUGCCACCUGCUACCACCCUCAGCUGCAGACUGGUGAUGCCUGUGAAGUUCCCAUGGGCACCAAGAACCUGCCAGUCUGAGAGACUCCUCGUUGCAAGGCCAUCACCAAGGGGCUACCUGCCCCUAGGCUGCCAGUCCACAGCAUGCAGGAAACCCUAGUGACACCAACACUGUCAGUCCUCAGCCGAUCCUCAAUCACCAUGCAGGACAGGUCCUCCACCGCAGGCCAAGCUUCAAGCACAGGUCCCCAGCCCUCAAGACCCUCAGUCAUCCCACCCCCCAGCAAGUCCAAGGGCUGGAAAUCCGGGGCCAAUGUACGUCGGAUGCGCAGGAUCAUAGCUGAGGACCCUGAGUGGUCACUGGCCAUCGUGCCCCUCCUCACAGAGCUCUGCAUUCAGCACAUUGUUGAGAACUUCCAGAACAACCCUAUCCUGAAGCAGCUGCUUCCAGAGCACCAGCAGAAGGUCCUGAACCACUUGUCACCCGACCUGCCGCUGACCGUGACCGCCAACCUGAUCGACGACGAGAACUACUGGCGCCGUUGCUGCAUGCAGCGCUGGCCCGUGUGCCACGUGGCCAGGCACGGAGGCAGCUGGAAGCGCCUGUUCUUCGAGCGGCACCUGGAAAACCUGAUAAAGCACUUCAUCCCGAGCACCACAGACCCCGCGGUGAUCCUCGACCUGCUGCCAUUCUGCAGGAACUACGUGCGCAGGCUCCGCGUGGAUCAGUUCCUUCCGCCCGUGCAGCUCCCACUCCAGCCGUGGAACGGGGAGCUGUCCGACUCGGGCAGCGAGGCCGAGAUGGAGCAGCCCACCGGGGACCACUACCAACUGCGGGACCUGGUAGCUGGCCUGAGCCACCUGGAGGAGCUGGACCUGGUGUAUGGGGUCAAGGACUGCGGCAUGAACUUCGAGUGGAACCUCUUCCUCUUCACCUAUCAGGACUGCCACUCCCUGGCGGCCACCAUCAAGGCAUGCCACACCCUCAAGACCUUCAGGCUGACCCGAAGCAAGGUGGACGAUGACAAGGCACGCAUACUAAUUCGCAGCCUCCUGGAUCACCCAGCCCUUGAGGAGCUGGACCUAUCACACAACCUCAUCGGGGACCGGGGUGCACGUGCCGCGGCCAAGCUGCUAAGCCACAGCCACCUCCGUGUGCUCACCCUGGCCAACAACCAGGUGCGUGCGCCUGGUGCCCAGUCACUGGCUCACGCCCUAGCACACAACACCAACCUCAUUUCCCUCAACCUGCGCCUCAACUGCAUCGAAGAUGAGGGUGGCCAGGCACUUGCCCAUGCCUUACAGACCAACAAGUGCCUCACAACCCUGCACCUCGGGGGCAAUGAACUCUCUGAGCCCACCGCCACCCUCCUCUCCCAGGUGCUCACUGUCAACACCACGCUCACCAGCAUCAACCUGUCCUGCAAUCACAUCGGGCUGGACGGCGGGAAGCAGCUCCUGGAAGGCAUGUCAGACAACAAGACCCUCCUGGAGUUUGACUUGCGCCUGUCAGAUGUAGCCCAGGAGAGCGAGUACCUCAUUGGCCAGGCCCUCUGUGCCAACCGGGAAGCCGCCCGCCAGCGGGCCUUGAAUCCCAGCCACUUCAUGUCACCAAUCACUGCCAAGGGCCCUGAGAACCCUGUAGGAUAAGAAUGUUACAUGGGUCUAGAGGGAGGAGACAGAGACCAUGGAUAUCCUUGCGCCAGGCCCAGCCCACCCCACAAGCCCUUGUUCCCAGCACAAAAGGAGCCUUCCGGGUGCCCUCCAUGAGUCCCUGUCCUUCUGCGGCUGCCCACAGGAGCCACAUCAGCCCACGGGGCCACAAGAGGACCUGAUAGAUCCAGGCUGAGCCUUGUCCUCCAUCCUCCUCCCACUGAGAGACCCAGAGCCUCCAGAACUGUGGUCUUUCCAAAGGAUGGGUCAUGGGGCUGCAGCCACAGCCUGGGGGUGCCUGUUUUCAGGGACUCCUUCCAACAAGCAGCGCAGAGCAGAGCACCAAAGGGGGCUUGGGAGUGACUGCACUUGUGUGCCUGUCUGGGCAACCUGAAGUCUGUCUUGUGCCUGACACCCUCUGACAGUUCUGGAGUGCAAACGUGUAGAUGUGAGGGUGUGUGUGAGUGUGUGUACAUAGCCACAGCUGCUAGCAGAGGUUCUAAUUAGAGAAACAAGAACAUUCAGUGUAAAGUUUAAUUUUAGAGAUUAAUUAAUUUUCUGGUUUUCGUUUUCCCUGGCAAUCAAUAAAGCUACCAAGAAAAUAGACCAAA